CAGCGAGCGGAGCUGAGCUGCGUGCAGACGGGCUGCGGUGGAGCGGCUGUGGCCCUGCAUGGCUGUGGAUUAGCUGUGCGUGUGUGUGUGUGUGUGUGUGCGUGUGUGCGCGCGCGUGUGUGUGUGUGAGGAGGCGAGAAGAGAGCGAGCAGCCAUGGCUGAAGGCGGAGAAGCGGAGGAUGAGAUCCAGUUCUUGCGAACGGAUGAUGAGGUGGUGUUGCAGUGUGUGGCCUGCAUUCAGAAGGAAAAUCGCAAGUUCUGUCUGUCUGCUGAGGGACUUGGCAAUCGGCUAUGCUAUUUGGAACUCACCUCAGAGGCCAAGUAUGUCCCUCCAGAUCUGUGCAUCUGUAACUUUGUGCUGGAGCAGUCACUGUCUGUUCGAGCACUGCAGGAGAUGCUGGCCAAAUCCGGGGAAAAUAAUGAAAAGCUCAUUAGAAAGGCAGUCCAUGGAGGUGGACACAGAACACUACUGUACGGACAUGCUAUCCUCCUGCGACACUCUUUCAGUGGAAUGUAUCUGACAUGUUUAAAGACAUCCAGGUCUGUGACAGAUAAGUUGUCUUUUGAUGUCGGACUUCAGGAGGACUCGACAGGUGAAGCUUGUUGGUGGACUAUCCAUCCUGCUUCUAAGCAAAGAUCAGAGGGGGAGAAAGUUCGCAUUGGUGAUGACCUCAUUCUUGUCAGUGUAUCAUCUGAGCGCUAUCUACACCUGUCCAUCUCCAAUGGCAACAUCCAGGUGGAUGCAUCUUUCAUGCAGACUCUGUGGAAUGUCCACCCCACCUGUUCAGGCAGCAGUGUGGAGGAAGGAUAUCUCCUUGGUGGUCAUGUGAUGCGUUUGUUCCAUGGGCAUGAUGAGGUUUUGACGAUCCCAGGCUCAGAUCAGAGUGAGGAACAGCAGAGAAUAGUCAACUAUGAGACAGGGAAAGUAGGGGCCAAGGCCAGAUCUCUGUGGAGAUUGGAACCUCUACGGAUCAGUUGGUGUGGCAGUCAUAUCCGCUGGGGGCAGCCGUUUCGCCUGCGCCACAUCACCACCGGUCAUUAUCUGGCCCUGACUGAAGACAAAGGCCUUGUGCUGCAGGAUCGGGAGAAAUCAGACACAACCUCCACCGCCUUCUGCUUCCGAGCCUCCAAGGAGAAGCUGGAGUCGAGUCCAAAAAAAGACGUUGAGGGCAUGGGGGUGCCUGAGAUUAAGUAUGGGGACUCGCUCUGUUUCAUCAUGCACAUGAUCACUGGCCUGUGGCUCUCGUACCAGGCACCGGAUGUAAAAUCAACACGACUGGGGCCUCUCAAGAGACGGGCAUGUCUCCAUGCAGAAGGACACAUGGAUGACGGCUUCACCCUUCAGCGCUGUCAGCAUGAAGAAUCCCGUGCUGCACGCAUCAUCCGCAACACCACCAGACUCUUCAGCCAUUUCAUCAGAGACCUGGACAGUGUGGCUGGGAAGAAUCGCACCACUGUUGUUCUUCCCAUCGAUGAGGUUCUCCAGACCCUUAAUGACCUCAUUACAUAUUUUCAACUCCCUGAUGCUGAACUGGAGCAUGAGGAGAAGCAGAUCAAGCUCCGCUCACUCAAGAACCGCCAGAACCUCUUCAAAGAGGAGGGGAUGCUGACAUUGGUGUCUAACUGCAUUGAUCGUUUGAGUGUCUACAACAGUGCAGCACACUUCGGGGAAUGUGUAGGAGAGGAAGCUGGCACGGCUUGGAAAGACAUUCUCAACCUGCUCUAUGAGCUCCUGGCUGCUUUGAUCCGAGGAAAUAGAAAUAACUGCACACAAUUCUCCCAAAACCUGGACUGGCUGGUCAGCAAGCUGGAGAGACUGGAGUCAUCCUCAGGGAUCCUGGAGGUCCUUCACUGCAUCUUAAUUGAAAGCCCAGAGGCGCUUAACAUCAUUCAGAGAGGACAUAUCAAAUCUAUCAUCUCGCUGCUAUACAAACAUGGCCGCAACCACAAGAUCCUAGAUGUUCUGUGCUCACUCUGUGUUUGUAAUGGAGUAGCUGUAAGAGCCAAUCAGAACCUCAUCUGUGAUCACCUGCUCCCAAAACGAGACCUGUUACUCCAAACACGGCUGGUCAAUGAUGUCCAAAGCAUGAGACCUAACAUCUUUCUGGGAGUGAGGGAAGGUUCAGCUCAGUACAAGAAGUGGUACUUUGAGCUGAUGAUAGACCAGGUGGAGCACUUUGUAACCAGCGAACCUUCUCACCUGCGGGUCGGGUGGGCUUCCUCCAAAGGCUAUGCCCCCUACCCAGGGGGUGGAGAGGGCUGGGGGGGGAAUGGAGUUGGAGAUGACCUCUAUUCUUAUGGCUUUGAUGGGCUUCACUUGUGGUCAGGUCGAAUCCCACGGAGAGUAGCUUCAGUAAACCAGCACAUACUUACCUCAGAUGACGUGGUUAGCUGCUGUUUGGAUCUUGGAGCUCCAAGCAUAUCCUUUAGAAUCAACGGGCAGCCUGUUCAAGGCAUGUUUGAGAGCUUCAACACAGACGGUCUCUUCUUCCCUGUUGUCAGCUUCUCUGCUGGUGUCAAGGUGCGCUUCCUUUUAGGUGGUCGCCACGGUGAGUUCAAGUUCCUGCCUCCAUCAGGCUACGCUCCCUGCUAUGAGGCACUGCUUCCCAAAGAAAGGAUGCGAGUAGAGCCAGUGAAGGAGUACAAAAGGGAUGUGGAUGGAGUGAGAGACUUGCUGGGCACCACACACUUUCUGUCCCAGGCUUCUUUUAUACCCACACCAGUGGACACCUCUCAGAUUGUCAUGCCUCCUCACCUGGAGAAAGUACGUGACAGGCUGGCUGAGAACAUCCAUGAACUGUGGGCCAUUAACAAGAUUGAACUGGGCUGGUCUUAUGGCAAGAUAAGGGACGAUAAUAAAAGGCAGCACCCCUGCCUGGUGGAUUUCUCAAAGCUGCCUGAAACAGAGAGGAAUUACAACCUGCAGAUGUCAACAGAGACGUUAAAGACUCUUUUGGCUCUGGGCUGCCAUGUGGUUCAGGUCAAUGUCAAUGCUGAGGAGGAGCUAAAAAAAGUGAAACUCCCAAAGAACUACAUGAUGUCUAAUGGCUAUAAGCCCAUGCCACUGGAGCUUUCAGAAGUGAAGCUGAGCCCUGCACAAGAGCUCCUUGUUGACAAGUUGGCCGAGAACGCACACAAUGUUUGGGCCAAAGAUAGGAUCAAACAAGGCUGGACCUAUGGCAUACAGCAGGAUCUGAAAAGCAAGCGCAAUCCUCGUCUUGUGCCAUAUGCAUUGCUUGACGAGCGCACCAAGAAGUCAAACCGAGACAGCCUGCGUGAAGCCAUCCGUACACUAAUUGGAUAUGGUUAUAACAUCGAGCCUCCUGACCAGGAGGGGGGUCAUGUGAUGGAGAGACUAAGCAUCGAUAAAGUUCGCUUUUUCCGUUUGGAGAGGACGUAUGCAGUGAAAACAGGGAAGUGGUAUUUUGAGUUUGAGGUGGUGACUGGAGGAGAUAUGAGGGUCGGUUGGGCUCGGCCAGGUGUGCGGCCUGAUGUGGAACUGGGAACAGAUGAUCAGGCCUACGUCUUUGAUGGUUAUAAAGGUCAUCGUCUCCACCAGGGCAGCCGCUUGUUUGGUCGUUGCUGGCAUGCUGGGGAUGUGGUGGGCUGCUUGAUUAACAUGGAGGACAAGUCCAUGAUCUUUACGCUUAAUGGAGAAAUACUCAUUACAAACAAGGGCUCAGAACUUUGCUUUGCUGACUUUGAGACUGAGGAUGGCUUUAUUCCAGUCUGUAGUCUGGGUCUUUCCCAAGUUGGACGUAUGAACCUGGGCAAGGAUGCCAGUACCUUCAAAUAUUACACAAUGUGUGGCCUACAAGAGGGAUUUGAGCCCUUUGCUGUCAACAUGAACCGGGAGGUCACCAUGUGGUUUAGCAAGCGCCUCCCUACUUUUGUCAAUGUUCCCAAAGAUCAUAGUCAUAUUGCGGUCACAAGGAUCGAUGGCACUAUUGACAGUCCCCCAUGUCUGAAGGUGACUCACAAGACAUUUGGGACGCAGAACAGCAACGCUGACAUGGUGUUCUGCCGUCUGAGCAUGCCUGUUGAGUUCCAUUCCACCUACAAGAGUGUCCUUGCCACUGAAAUGAAUGGAGUGCAUGAAGAAGAGCCACUCAAACUCAAAUAUAGGUAUCCUGUCAAAUCUAUGAAACACGUAGAUGAGGGGAGGAGAACUGACUAUAGUAGCAUAACAACUUACUACCAUUCAGUACGAGUGUUUGCUGGUCAGGAUCCCUCAUGUGUGUGGGUUGGUUGGGUCACACCUGACUACCAUUACUACAGCAACUACUUUAAUCUCAGCAAGAACCGAACUGUGACAGUUACACUAGGGGACGAGCGAGGUCGGGUCCAUGAAAGUGUUAGAAGGAGCAACUGCUACAUGGUGUGGGGAGGUGAUGCCGUUAGCUCCAGCCACUCCUCCAGCAGAAGUAAUGUGGAUUUGGAGAUUGGUUGCCUCAUUGAUUUAGCUACUGGCUUGGUGGCCUUUACUGUCAAUGGCAGAGAGCUUCCAACCUCAUAUCAGGUGGAGCCAAAUACAAAGCUUUUCCCUGCUGUGUUUGUACGACCCACCAGUCCAAAUCUGUUCCAGUUUGAAUUGACAAAGAUCAAGAAUGCUAUGCCCCUUUCAUCAGCAAUUUUUAAGAGUGAACACAAGAACCCAAUCCCUCAAUGUCCUCCUCGUCUGGAUAUCCAGACUAUUAAAUCGGUUCUGUGGAGCCGGAUGCCCAACACCUUUCUGAAGGUGGACACAGCUCGAGUGAGUGAAAGACAUGGCUGGCAGGUGCAGUGUCUGGAGCCUCUGCAGAUGUUGGCAGUACACAUUCCAGAGGAAAACCGGUGUGUGGAUAUCAUGGAACUCUCUGAGCAAGAAGAUUUGCGGACAUUCCAUUAUCACACUUUAAAACUUUACUGUGCUCUCUGUGCUCUUGGUAACACCCGUGUAGCCCAUGCUCUCUGCAGCCACCUUGACCAGUCACAGCUCCUUUACAUUAUUGACAACCAAUACCUGUCUGGCAUGCUGCGCCAAGGCUUCUAUGACGUCCUCAUCAGUAUCCAUCUAGAGACGGCCAAAGCUGCCCAGCUUAUGAUGAACAAUGAGUUCAUCAUCCCCAUCACAGCAGAGACUCGCAGCAUCCGACUCUUUCCAGAUACCUCCAAGCGACACCAACCACCAGGUGUAGGACUCAGUACAUCUCUAAAACCCAGACUUAGCUUUGCUCCACCAUGCUUCAUCACUCCGAAGCGUGACCAGUAUCUCUACAGCCCAGAAAUUCCUCUAGAUGUUCUAAGGGAGAAGGCAAUUAGCAUGCUAACAGAGGCUGUUCAGGGUGGAGGAGACCACAUUCGAGAUCCUGUGGGGGGCAGCGUGGAAUAUCAGUUUGUGCCAGUUCUCAGACUGAUUAGCACGCUGCUAACCAUGGGUGUGCUAGCGAGCCAGGAUGUUCAUAAGAUCUUGCUCCUCAUCGAACCGCAUGUCUUUGGGGAGCAGAAAGCAGAUGAAAUGGGGGAAGCUACAGAGAAAGAGGGGAUGACAGGAGCAGAAGAGAAGGCAGUGGAGGCUGGAGAGGAGGAAGCCAAAGAUACAAAGCAGCCAAUAAAGGGAUUGUUGGAGAAGAAAUUGCCAGAGUCAGUAAAACUGCAGAUGUGCAAACUUCUUCAGUACUUCUGUGACUGUGAACUGAGGCACCGUAUUGAGGCCAUUGUGUCAUUCUCUGAUAGCUUUGUGUCUAAGCUGCAGUAUAACCAGAAGUUUCGUUACAAUGAGUUAAUGCUUGCUCUCAACAUGUCUGCUGCUGUUACUGCCAAGAAAACUAAAGAGUUCCGCUCACCACCACAAGAACAGAUCAACAUGCUGUUAAAUUUCAGUAUGGGUGAAGACUGUCCAUGCCCUGAGGACAUUCAGGAGGAACUCUAUGACUUCCACAGUGAACUUCGUCUACACUGCGGUAUUCCAAUCGAAGAGGAGGAAGAGGAUCAGGACACAUCCAUUAAAGGCCGCCUAGUGGCUCUAGUUAACAAGAUCAAGGGGCAGCCACACAAAGCAGCAGAGAAGCCAACAGAGAAAGAGCAAGCCAUCCCGUCCAGCCUGAAGGAGUUGAUUUCUCAGACCAUGGUAAGCUGGGCUCAGGAGAGCCACAUCCAAGACCCAGAGCUGGUGCGUGCCAUGUUCAGCCUACUACGGCGGCAAUAUGACAGCAUUGGCGAGCUGCUGCGUGCUAUGCGCAAAAGCUACACCAUCAGUGCUGCAUCUGUGCACGAUACCAUCCACCUGCUGGCCUCACUGGGUCAGAUCCGCUCACUGCUCAGUGUCCGUAUGGGCAAAGAGGAAGAGCAGCUCAUGAUCGAUGGCCUCAGUGACAUAAUGAACAAUAAGGUGUUCUACCAGCACCCGAACCUGAUGAGAGUACUGGGAAUGCAUGAGACCGUCAUGGAGGUUAUGGUGAAUGUACUGGGGGGAGGCAAGUCUCAGGAAAUUGCUUUUCCCAAAAUGGUGGCUAGUUGCUGCCGCUUCCUGUGCUAUUUCUGUCGAAUCAGCCGACAGAACCAGAAAGCCAUGUUUGAUCAUUUGAGUUACCUGCUAGAGAACAGCAGUGUGGGCUUGGCUUCUCCUUCAAUGAGAGGUUCCACUCCUUUAGAUGUAGCUGCUUCCUCUGUAAUGGACAACAACAGCCUUGCACUUGCUCUUGAGGAGCCUGACCUCGACAAGGUGGUAACGUAUCUGGCUGGCUGUGGACUGCAGAGUUGUCCCAUGCUCCUUGCCAAAGGCUAUCCAGAUAUAGGCUGGAACCCAAUUGAGGGAGAGCGCUACCUCUCUUUUCUCCGCUUUGCUGUCUUUGUGAAUGGCGAGAGUGUAGAAGAGAACUCCAGUGUUGUGGUGAAGUUGCUGAUUCGUCGGCCUGAGUGCUUUGGCCCUGCGCUGCGUGGAGAGGGCGGUAAUGGACUGCUAGCCGCCAUGAAGGAAGCCAUUAAAAUAUCAGAAACACCAGCGCUCGACCUGUCCAGUACCACCCAGGGCCUAAUGUCUGAUGCGUCUACAGAGGAUGAUGAGGAGGAAGAGGUGGUUCACAUGGGCAAUGCUAUCAUGUCCUUCUACUCAGCCCUCAUCGAUCUGCUGGGACGCUGUGCGCCUGAAAUGCAUCUAAUCAAUAAGGGCAAGGGAGAGGCUCUGAGAAUCCGUGCCAUCUUGCGUUCCUUGGUGCCCAUUGAAGACCUUGUUGGCAUCAUCAGCAUCCCACUCAGAAUGUCUGUUGUCAAUAAAGAUGGUAGUGUGACUGAGCCCGACAUGUCAGCCUGUUUCUGCCCGGACCACAAGGCACCCAUGGUUCUGUUUCUGGACCGGGUCUAUGGCAUAGAAGACCAAAGCUUCCUCCUUCAUCUUCUGGAAGUUGGCUUCCUACCUGACCUAAGAGCGGCUGCCUCUCUGGACACAGAAGCGCUAAGGACCACAGAAACAGCAUUGGCCAUGAACCGUUAUAUCGGCUCUGCAAUGCUGCCCUUAAUGACCCGCUGUGCCCCUCAUUUUGCUGGUACAGAACACCACGUCACACUCAUUGACUCCACACUUCACACCAUCUACCAGCUGAGCAAGGGCUCCUCACUCACUAAAGCCCAGAGAGACGCUAUCGAGGAGUGCCUGCUGGCCGUAUGCAAAUAUUUGAGGCCCUCUAUGCUUCAACAGCUGUUGCGUCGCUUGGUGUUUGACGUGCCUUUGCUGUCUGAGUACUGUAAGAUGCCUCUUAAGCUUUUGACCAACCAUUAUGAGCAGAACUGGAAGUAUUACUGCCUGCCUUCUGGUUGGGGCAGCUAUGGCAUGGCUUCUGAGGAGGAAUUGCUCCUCACCAAGAAGAUCUUCUGGGGCAUCUUUGAUUCACUCUCUCAAAAAAAGUAUGAGCAGGAGCUGUUUAAGAUGGCCAUGCCAUGUCUGAGUGCUAUAGCUGGAGCUUUGCCUCCAGACUAUGUUGACUCUUCUCUCAGCACCACACUGGAGAAGCCAGUCUUUGUGGAUGCACAGGGCAACUUUGACCCCAGACCCAUCAGCACAGCAAACAUCUCCCUCCCAGAGAAGCUGGAAUACAUCACUAACAAAUACGCUGAACAUUCCCAUGACAAAUGGUCCGCUGAGAAGGUUGUUUUGGGCUGGAAGUAUGGAGAUAGCAUCGACGAGAAAGCAAAAACACACCCCAUGCUGAGAUCCUACAAAUCACUCACAGAGAAGGAAAAGGAGGUGUACCGCUUCCCAGUGAAGGAGUCUUUGAAGAGUAUGCUAGCCAUGGGCUGGAACAUUGAGAGGACCAAAGAGGGAGAGGCCAUGUUUCAGCAAAGAGAGAAUGAGAAGAUGCGCAAAAUUUCCCAGGCCUCUCAGGGUAGUGGUUUUAACCCAAGUCCAGUAGACAUGAGCAACGUACUGCUGUCUCGAGAACUGCAGGCUAUGGUAGAGGUGUUAGCUGAAAACUACCACAACAUUUGGGCUAAAAAGAAGAAGAGUGACCUAGCAGUGAAAGGUGGAACACAUCCCUUGUUGGUGCCAUAUGAUACACUUACGGCCAAAGAGAAAGCCAGAGACCGUGAGAAAGCUCAGGACCUGUUCCGCUUCCUGCAGAUGAAUGGCUAUGCCAUUACUAGGGGUUUGAAAGACAUGGAGCAGGACUCAUCCUCGAUGGAAAAAAGGUUUGCCUAUAAAUUCCUGAAAAAACUGCUGAAAUAUGUGGACUGUGCACAGGAAUACAUUGCUCACCUGGAGGUUAUGGCUAGCAGUGGAAAGAAUGACAGGUCACCUCAUGAGCAAGAAAUCAAGUUCUUUGCCAAGGUGCUUCUGCCACUAAUAGAUCAAUACUUCAAGAACCACUCUCUCUACUUCCUCUCCUCCCCCAGUAAGAAUCUCAGCAGCAGUGGGUAUGCUUCAAACAAAGAGAAAGAGAUGGUUACCAGUCUUUUCUGUAAGCUGGCAGCUCUUGUUAGACACAGGAUCUCUCUCUUUGGAAGUGACUCUGCCACUAUGGUUAGCUGUCUUCAUAUCCUGGCCCACACACUUGACACUAGAACAGUGAUGAAGUCUGGCUCUGAGUUGGUGAAGGCUGCCUUGAGAACAUUCUUUGAGAAUGCAGCAGAUGACCUGGAGAAAACACUGGAGAACUUGAAGCUAGGGAAGUUCACACACUCACGCAGCCAGAUGAAGGGUGUAUCACAGAACAUCAACUACACCACAGUUGCCCUGUUGCCCAUCCUCACUGCCCUGUUUGAGCACAUCACUGAGCAUCAGUUCGGAGUGGACCUUCUGUUGGAUGAUGUCCAGGUGUCAUGCUAUCGGAUCCUUAGCAGCCUCUACUCAUUGGGAACUGGGAAGAACAUCUAUGUUGAAAGACAGCUUCCAGCUCUAGGUGAGUGUUUGGCCACCCUGGCAGGAGCGAUGCCUGUGGCAUUUUUGGAGCCUCACCUCAAUGCGCACAACCCGUUCUCUGUCUUCAACACCAAGUCAGCACGGGAACGGGCCAUAUUAGGCAUGCCUGAUACUGUAGAACAGAUGUGCCCAGAAGUGCCGCAUCUGGACUGCCUGAUGAAAGACAUCAAUGACAUGUCUGAGUCAGGAGCUCGCUACACUGAAAUGCCCCAUGUCAUUGAGGUAGUGCUGCCCAUGCUGUGUAACUACUUAUCCUACUGGUGGGAGAGAGGCACAGAGAACCAGGCCAAGGGCACAGCAACUGCAUGUAGCACCACUGUCACCUCUGAGCACCUGAGCGUCAUCCUGGGCAACAUCCUCAAGAUCCUGAAUAGCAAUCUGGGCAUUGACGAGGCCUCCUGGAUGAAGAGGAUUGCAGUGUAUGCUCAGCCUAUCAUCAGCAAGGCGAGGGCAGAUCUUUUAAAGACACACUUCCUGCCAACACUGGAGAAAUUAAAGAAGAAGACAGUGAAGGUGGUGGCAGAGGAGGAGCUUCUCAAAGCUGACAACAAAGGCGAUACCCAGGAGGCAGAGCUACUGAUCCUGGAUGAGUUUGCAGUGCUGUGCAGGGAUCUGUAUGCAUUCUAUCCCAUGCUCAUUCGCUACGUGGACAACAACAGGUCACGAUGGCUGAAAGAGCCUGAUGCUGACUCCAAUGAGCUUUUCAGGAUGGUAGCAGAAAUUUUCAUCCUUUGGUGCAAGUCACACAAUUUUAAGAGAGAGGAACAGAACUUUGUUGUGCAGAAUGAGAUCAAUAAUCUCUCCUUCCUCACUGGGGACAGCAAGACAAAGAUGUCGAAGUUGUUUCUGCCAAAGGCAGGAGGACAGGAUCAGGAGAGAAAGCACAAGAAGAGACGAGGUGAGGUUUACUCCAUCCAGACCUCGUUGAUUGUGGCAGCUCUGAAAAAAAUGCUGCCUAUUGGCCUGAAUAUGUGCACGCCUGGAGACCAGGAGCUCAUCUCAUUGGCUAAGGCUCGCUAUGGCCUGAAAGAUACAGAUGAAGAGGUGAAGGAGCAUUUGAGGCGGAACAUGCACCUGCAAGAGAAGUCAGAGGACCCUGCUGUGAGGUGGCAGCUUCAUCUUUAUAAAGAUGUGAUUGUGAAGAAUGAGGGCCCACCUGAUCCAGACCGCGCGAUUGAUCGCCUUCAGACCAUCUCAGCUGCAGUGUUUCACCUUGAGCAGGUGGAGCAGCCACUAAGGUCCAAGAAGUGUGUGUGGCAAAAACUGCUGUCCAAACAGCGUAAGCGUGCGGUAGUGGCCUGUUUCCGUAUGGCACCAUUAUACAACCUACCCAGGCACAAAAUUAAUAAUUACUUCCUGAAUGCCUACCGACACUUUUGGCUGGAAAAAAUGCAUGAGAGAGCAGAUUAUGACAGUCUGCUCUCCAUGCUAACGAGGACACAGCGGAAAGUAGAGGAGGAGGAAGAGGAAGUAGAUGAAAUACAACCCGACCCUCUUCAUCAGCUCAUUCUGCACUUUAGCCAUAAUGCUCUGACAGAAAGAAGUUCUCUGGAGGAUGAUUUGCUAUAUAUAGCAUAUACAGACAUGAUGGCAAAGAGUUGUGCUGAAGAUGAGAACGAGGAUGAAGGAAAAGAAAAAACCUUUGAGGAAAAGGAGAUGGAAAAGCAGAAAACAUUGUAUCAGCAGGCCAGGUUACAUGACCGAGGGGCUGCUGAGAUGGUUUUGCAGAUGAUCAGUGCCAGCAGAGGUCGACUGGGCCCCAUGGUAACUUUCACCCUUAAGCUUGGUAUCGCCGUUCUUAAUGGGGGCAAUAUUUUAGUUCAGCAGAAAAUGCUGGAUUAUCUAAAGGAGAAGCGAGAUGCUGGCUUCUUCAAGAGUCUGUCAGGACUCAUGCAGUCAUGCAGUGUAUUGGAUCUGAAUGCAUUUGAGAGGCAAAACAAAGCUGAAGGAUUGGGUAUGGUGACUGAGGAGGGUUCAAUCAACGUGAGGGAGCGGGGUUCCAAGGUUCUUCAGAAUGACGAGUUCACUAAAGAUCUGUUUAGGUUCCUGCAACUUCUCUGUGAGGGUCACAACAAUGACUUCCAGAACUUUUUGAGGACUCAGACUGGAAAUACAACUACUGUUAAUAUAAUAAUAAGCACAGUGGACUAUCUUCUUAGACUACAGGAGUCCAUCAGCGAUUUUUACUGGUAUUACUCGGGGAAAGACGUAAUGGAUGAGGCUGGUCAGCGUAAUUUCUCUAAAGCAUUAGCAGUGGCCAAGCAGAUCUUUAACUCUCUUACUGAAUAUAUACAGGGUCCAUGUAUAGGAAACCAACAGAGCUUGGCCCACAGCAGGUUAUGGGAUGCAGUUGUUGGCUUUUUGCAUGUUUUUGCCAACAUGCAGAUGAAGCUCUCACAGGACUCCAGCCAGAUUAAGUUGCUGAAAGAACUGAUGGAUCUACAGAAGGACAUGAUAGUCAUGAUGCUCUCCCUUUUAGAAGGUAAUGUUGUAAAUGGCACCAUUGGCAAACAGAUGGUGGACACCUUGGUGGAGUCCUCCAGCAAUGUGGAGAUGAUCCUCAAAUUUUUUGAUAUGUUCCUCAAGCUAAAGGACCUCACCACAUCUGACAAUUUCAAAGAGCAUGACUCUGAUGCCAAAGGAGUCAUCUCCAAAAGAGAGUUCCAGAAAUCAAUGGAAAAUCAGAAGCAGUACUCUCAGUCUGAAAUCGAGUUCCUGCUUUCCUGUGUUGAGGCAGAUGAAAAUGACAUGUUCAACUAUGUGGAAUUUGUGAAACGCUUCCAUGAACCUGCCAAGGAUAUUGGUUUCAACGUCGCAGUACUGCUUACAAAUCUGUCAGAACACAUGCCCCAUGACUCCCGUCUGGCUACCUUCCUGAACCUGGCUGAAAGUGUCCUUAAUUACUUUGAGCCAUUCCUGGGCCGUAUUGAGAUCAUGGGUGGUGCCAAGAGAAUCGAAAGGGUCUACUUUGAUAUCAGCGAGUCCAGUAGAACCCAGUGGGAGAAACCACAAGUUAAGGAAUCCAAGAGACAGUUUAUCUUCGAUGUAGUCAAUGAGGGUGGAGAAUCAGAGAAGAUGGAGUUGUUUGUAAAUUUCUGUGAGGACACCAUUUUUGAGAUGCAGCUGGCCUCACUGAUCUCAGAGCCUGAUGCUGUGGAAAGGGGAGAAGAAGAUGAGGAUGAGUUGCAGAAUGUAACCAAGGACCUGGAGGUGGAAGAGGAGGAGAAUACGCUGGAAUCCUCCUCAGCUUUCACCAUGGCAUGUGUCUCAAUGAAGAAGAGCCUGUGUAGCCUUGGUAGACUGCUUACCCUAAAGAGCCUGAGGAAACAAUAUAAGAAGCUCAGGAAGAUGAGCCUGAGGGAGAUGAUUUCUGGGUUCUUCUCCUUUUUCUGGAUGAUCUUCAUUGGCCUCCUUCGCUUCCUCUACAACCUGGUGUGGUGCUUCUUCCAUAUCCUGUGGUCAACUCUGUUUGGUGGUGGCUUGGUGGAAGGUGCCAAGAAUAUGAAGGUGACAGACAUCCUUGGCAACAUGCCAGACCCCACACAGUUUGGCAUCCAUGGCGAUGUGCUGGAGACUGAAAAACUGGAGGUUAGUGAGGCUUCUUUGGUUGCUGAGAUAGACCAGAUGGCACAAGGAGACAAAACAGAAAUGGACCUCAUGUCAGAGCUGCUAAGUAUACAACCCAAGAAGGAGGGAGGAAAGCAUGGAACCGAGCCUGGUCUGGGAGAUGUGUCUGAAGUGGUUGGAGUCGAUUCCCCAUCCUUAGUUUCUGCUGUGCGGCAGAAAAAGGCCCAGGUGAAAAUAAAUGAAGCUGCAAGUAAGAAGUCAGUCGAGAAUGAAUCAAAUGCAGGAUCAGAAAAAGCAGAUACAGAGGAUGGGGAGAAGAAUGACCAAGACAAGGCUAAAGAGUUGCUCAUAGAACCCUCAUCAGAGGAAGAGAAGAAGCCACCCAAGAGGAGACGUGGGCAGAAGAAAGAACAACCAGAGGCAAUUAUGUCCAGCUUUUUUGCUGGCCUGGACAUCUAUCAAACCAAGAUUCUAAAUUACUUGGCUCGAAACUUCUACAAUCUGCGAUUCCUGGCUCUGUUUGUGGCAUUUGCCAUCAACUUCAUCCUGCUUUUCUAUAAGGUGACUGGUGAGGAGUCUGAGGAGGUGGACUCAUGGACAGGGAGAAGUGAAGAGGAGGAUGAAGGUGGCAUUGAGCAUUUUAUCCUGCAGGAGAGCACUGGUUACAUGGCACCUACACUCCGCUUCCUAGCUGUUCUACACACUAUCAUCUCCUUCCUCUGCGUGGUGGGGUAUUACUAUCUGAAGGUGCCUUUGGUAGUUUUUAAGCGAGAGAAGGAAAUUGCCAGGAAACUUGAAUUUGAUGGUCUUUAUAUCACUGAACAACCUUCUGAUGAUGACAUUAAAGGGCAAUGGGACAGACUUGUUAUUAACACACCAUCUUUUCCUAAUAACUACUGGGAUAAGUUUGUCAAACGGAAGGUAAUAAAUAAAUAUGGGGAUUUGUACGGUGCAGAGCGGAUUGCUGAGUUGCUCGGUCUGGACAAAAGCGCUCUGGACUUCAACCCUACUGAAGAAACUAUCGCUAAAGAGGCUUCACUGGUGUCCUGGUUAAGCUCCAUCGACACAAAGUAUCAUAUCUGGAAAAUGGGUGUGGUGUUUACAGACAAUUCUUUCCUGUACCUGGUGUGGUAUACCACAAUGUCCAUCCUAGGACACUACAACAAUUUCUUCUUUGCUGCUCACCUGCUAGACAUUGCAAUGGGUUUCAAGACUUUGAGGACCAUCCUGUCUUCAGUCACCCACAAUGGCAAACAGCUGGUGCUGACUGUGGGUCUGCUGGCUGUAGUUGUAUAUCUAUACACUGUGGUGGCCUUUAACUUCUUCCGCAAAUUCUACAACAAGAGUGAGAACGAGGAUGAGCCAGACAUGAAGUGUGAUGAUAUGAUGACUUGCUAUCUGUUCCACAUGUAUGUGGGUGUGCGUGCUGGUGGCGGAAUAGGAGAUGAGAUUGAGGAUCCAGCGGGUGACCCCUAUGAGCUUUACCGCAUCCUCUUUGAUAUCACCUUUUUCUUCUUUGUCAUUGUCAUCCUUCUGGCUAUUAUCCAAGGUUUGAUCAUUGAUGCCUUUGGAGAACUGCGAGACCAGCAAGAGCAAGUCAAAGAGGACAUGGAGACUAAAUGCUUCAUCUGUGGCAUUGGGAAUGACUACUUUGACACAACUCCACAUGGCUUUGAGACACAUACAUUACAAGAGCACAACUUGGCAAACUACCUGUUUUUCCUAAUGUACCUUGUCAACAAGGAUGAAACAGAGCAUACUGGCCAGGAGUCGUAUGUGUGGAAGAUGUAUCAGGAGCGAUGCUGGGAUUUCUUUCCAGCUGGAGACUGUUUCAGGAAACAGUAUGAGGACCAGCUGGGCUAAAGCAAGUGAGAUUCCAACCCACCAGCCUGUCCUCAGAGCUGUGAGCAGUAUACCAGCUGCUUUUUCAGUUUGUAUUUGAACCAUUGACAUUCUACACCCAAUAAAUGGUCCUUCUCUUUCAUACUAUUUUGCAGGAGGAGUCCCAAUGCCAUGUUUUUUGUCUACCACAGAUGAUGCUACAUGAUGCAUUUAAAGUUCUAAUUGUUACCUCGGUCAACAGUGCCAAUUUAGCAAAGACUGUCUUGUUUUACCCUGUAUUAUUUUCCAUAUUUGUUUCUCAGAAAAAAAGAGAAAAAGAAAAAAACAUCCCCUCUGCCACAUAACCCUGAAACCUCUGCACAAAGUUUUUGUCCUUUAAGAACCACUAGGUUUUGUCGGGUUACAGAACAUGUGAGCCUAUACCCUUAUAUGCACAAGAAUACUAUUUAAAUUUUUGGAGUGAAUGGAGCAGAAUAAACACAUGCCAAAAGGGAGUGAUGAAGUAUCUACAGAGGAUAUGCAUUUUGAAGCUGUGUGCAGAUUUCAUUAAACUGCUUGCUUAUUUGAGCUAUGGAAUGAGCCCAGGGCAGGUAUGUAUAAAGCCUCUCAGAGUAAAAUUUUGGUCUUAAGUGCCAAGAAAUCAGGAAAUAUAGUAACUCUGUACUUAGGCCUAAGAAUGAACGCAAUGUACAAAAAUUCUUUAGCCUUAGGAGUACUCUUAAAUGGUUGAAUAUUUAUGGGCAAGAGUUUCUUUUCAGGUGGUAGCUCUGAGAUAGGAUCUAGGAUGUAUUGCAACUGAUGUUAUCUUUUUUUUUAAUCUUAGAACUAGUCAGUAAUCAAAUAUCUCCAACAUUAUAAGAAACAAUGCAAUAAUGGCUGAUUGAGGCACAGCCAUUAAGGUCAUGUGGUCAUGGCUGUUCUGUUCAUUUGAUCUCAAAACUAAGAUGGCACGUGGGUUGUAAAUAUGAAUAAACAACACAUUUUAGUUAUAAAGUGCUUCCAUUCUUAGCCAGUUACUCAUAAUAUACAACAUAAUAUACAGUAUCAUUGGCUUUAGCUGUUAUACUUUCAGGAGUGCUGCAUCUUGGGCUGUCCCUACCCAUAAUGGCUCUGCUGGAGUGACCAAUCACAGAUUGCACACAAAUUUCACCUGUGCUUAAACCCUGCAAAAGCAAUACCAAUAUAAAAUUUAAUACAGUCAGUUGUUAAACCUGGAAAUAAUAGACUAUUUCAUUUGUCCAUGGCUUUAUUUUAAUGCUUUAUUUUGAUUUAUUUUAAAUGCUGUGAUCUGCAUCUAGCGUUUUAAUCGAGAAUACCCUCUUUUCUCGCAAUCAUAUGUGGUGCGCAAUACAGCAGGAUACAUAUCAUUAAUCGCCUCUACUAACUCCUGGCAAGCCACUUUCUUAUAAAUUUCUCAUUCUUAUCUUAUCAGAUUAAACCCUGAUAUUAUCAUUAUCCUUUUUUUUAUCAUACUCUUUAUGCUGUCCUUUCUUCAUCCAACUCAGCUACAGGCUUUGUUUUUGGGUCCAGUGGGGUUUGUGUUUGAAUAGAGAAUUACAUGUCAUAAACAAACUAAAUCUCUGAAGCAUCCAUUAGUAUAUAUGGAGCUGUAACUGGAUGUCCUUGGUGGAAGUGGCAUUAAAUUUGUUAUUAUUGACACUGUAGCUUAUUAAAUUGAAAUAUUUAUUUUUUUACAUAAAUAUAUUUGCCAUAUGGAACAUGACCAGUUAGCAUGUGUUUGCAGGGUUUUUUUUUCUUCAUAAACAUAAGCUAAAAUACAUCACUGAUGUGAUUUUGCUUUGCAUACAGCCUACAUCUUGUGCACUUUUUUGGUUCUUACUAUGGAAUUGUGAUGUAAUUAACCAUUUUAUCACAAUGCAACCAUUGUACUUCAUGCUUUAGAUUUAAUCCUAAGAUUAACUACUCCUUGCGAAGAGUUGCUCAGAGAACUUUUAUGACACAUUUUUACAUCCAGCUUUUACUAAGAUUUUUUUUUCAGCCUAAGACUUCUUAAGUAGUGUAAUUCAAAAACUUUAUACAUGCCAGCCCUGGCCUAAAAAUGGUUGGUCAUGGAAUGAAUUGCCUCCUAUCAAGUACUGGUGAAGUGCCUUAUCUUCAUGACAACUAAAGCUAUGCAAAUUCGUUUCCUUUCUUUAUUUUAUAUUUUUGUCAUUAUAAGCAUAAGGCAGAUGCUCAGAGUAACAUAGCUUUUAAAUAUUAUUUUGAACAGGUACAAAAUAAAUGUAUGUCUUGCAAGAAGCAGUGUUAUUGUAAUAUGAAACAGAAUGAUCAUGAAGCAACAUAAAUUUAAUAGAGAAUUGUGGCGAACAACCUAAUAAAAAAAAGACAGAUUGCUGUUGUAUGGCCAUUUCUAUGUAGUAGCCUUGCUGAGUUGUGCAUUUCUUUUAAAGGACAAAUAAAGACAUUGAUGAAUAACAUCUUUUAUUUUGGGAUGCAACCUUCAUUUGUUUAUAAAUAUUUCAUAACUCUAAUGGUCCUGAUAUAAAUCACUUACAUAAUAUUAAUGCUGAAAUUGCCCGUUUGGAAACAGGUAUGGAAAAUUAGACAGAUUAUUAUUUCAGUAUUAUAUUAAUAACACCCAUGAUUACACUCAUAUUUACAAAGAAGUAAACACUUUGUAAAAACAUGUAAAUAGGAUAUCAUUCAGAAAUUUUAUUUUGUAAUAAUUAUCUAUAAUGCACACCUGUAGCUCAUAUCACUCAUAUUCCAAAAGCAGGCUAGUUGUAAUAGUUUGGCUCCAUUUUCUUAUUGAGAACUCUGACAAAAUCUCACUUUACUUUAUUCUUCAAUUCACUCCUUUUUUUAUGGAGACCAUGGGGGCAAGGAGCUGAGUAGUGAGGAUGAGAACAACAAAACUUGUCAAUAAAUGCUGA